UUGGCUGGCCACAAGAGGGUGUGGACAGUUUGCCAAAGGUUCAAGAGUUUCUUCACCAGAAGCUCAGGUUCAUUCGCUCUAAAGGGCUCACUUUGCUAGACCACAUAAGCCUUCAAGAGGGUUUUUGCUCUGCCCGUUCUUCCAAUAUUGAACCUCCACAGGCUACUGGAGGGAGCGGGCGCCAGGUUGAGAUGAGUUGGGAAGGCGGUAGCAAUGGAUCGGCGAGAAGCCCCACGGAAGAGAAGGCAGACUCGAAAUCUGAGAGCGAAAGCAAAAAAAGCAAGAAAAAAGAAAAACAGCCAACUGUUAGUACAUUUGCAAUGUUCCGAUAUUCUAAUUGGCUAGAUAGGUUAUACAUGGUGCUGGGAACAGCUGCAGCUAUCAUACAUGGAUCAGGACUCCCUGCCAUGAUGCUACUUUUUGGGGACAUGACGGAUAGCUUUGCAGAUAUGGGAAACCAAAAUAUUUCUGCAUUGGAUCAGAACGCAAUUUAUGGGAGCGUUGCCCAAUCAGUGAUUAAGGCUAGAUGUGUUUUUAAUUUAAUUUUUUUCUUUCUUUUUUGUGAAGGUAAAGCGAUCAUGGCUAAACUGGAAGAGGAUAUGACCACAUAUGCAUAUUAUUAUACUGGAGUGGGUUUUGGGGUACUCAUUGCUGCCUACAUUCAGGUUUCAUUCUGGACCUUAGCUGCUGGACGGCAAGUUAAGAAACUUAGAGAAAAUUUUUUCCAUGCAAUAAUGCGCCAGGAAAUUGGUUGGUUUGAUGUCCAUGAUGUCGGGGAACUGAACACUCGACUAACUGAUGAUGUCUCCAAAAUUAAUGAAGGAAUUGGAGACAAAAUAGGAAUGCUCUUUCAAGCAGUAGCAACAUUCCUCACAGGUUUUAUAGUUGGAUUUACAAGAGGCUGGAAGCUAACCCUUGUGAUUCUGGCCAUUAGUCCCUUCCUUGGCUUGUCAGGUGUCUUCUGGGCAAAGAUAUUGUCUUCCUUUACUGAUAAAGAAUCAUUAGCAUAUGCAAAAGCUGGAGCAGUAGCUGAAGAGGUCCUAGCAGCAAUUAGAACUGUAAUUGCUUUUGGGGGACAAAAGAAAGAGCUUGAAAGGUACAACAGAAAUUUAGAAGAAGCUAAAAAUAUUGGGAUAAAGAAAGCUAUUACAGCCAACAUUUCAAAGGGAAUUGCCUUUCUAUUGAUAUAUGCCUCAUAUGCACUGGCAUUCUGGUAUGGGACCUCUUUGAUCCUCUCCAAUGAAUACAGUAUUGGACAAGUACUCACUGUCUUUUUUUCAAUAUUAAUGGGAGCUUACAAUAUUGGAAAAGCAUCACCAAGCAUUGAAGCUUUUGCUAAUGCAAGAGGUGCAGCCUAUGAAAUCUUCAGGAUAAUUGAUAAUAAUCCAACUAUUGACAGCUAUUCGAUGAAUGGCCACAAACCAGAUAAUGUUAAAGGAAACUUAGAGUUCAAAAAUGUUCAUUUCACUUACCCAUCUCGGAAAGAGAUCAAGAUUUUGAAGGGCCUCAAUCUCAAGGUUUACAGUGGACAAACAGCAGCCUUGGUUGGAAGCAGUGGCUGUGGGAAAAGUACAACUGUUCAGUUGAUACAGAGGUUAUAUGAUCCCACAGAAGGCAUGGUCACCAUUGAUGGACAGGAUAUUCGAACCCUAAAUGUAAGAUAUCUGCGGGAAAUUACUGGAGUUGUGAGUCAAGAACCAGUACUCUUUGCAACCACAAUUGCUGAAAAUAUUCGCUAUGGCCGUGAAGAUGUCACCAUGGAAGAGAUUGAAAAAGCUGUCAAGGAAGCCAAUGCCUAUGACUUUAUCAUGAAACUUCCUCAUAAAUUUGACACUUUGGUUGGAGAAAGGGGAGCCCAGCUGAGUGGAGGUCAGAAGCAGAGAAUAGCAAUUGCCCGAGCUCUGGUUCGGAAUCCCAAGAUCCUUCUGCUUGAUGAGGCAACAUCAGCCUUGGACACGGAAAGUGAAGCCGCUGUACAAGUGGCACUGGAUAAGGCAAGAGAAGGUCGGACCACUAUUGUGAUAGCCCAUCGUUUAUCUACAGUCCGUAAUGCAGAUGUUAUAGUUGGCUUUGAGAAUGGUGUAAUUGUGGAGCAAGGAAACCAUGAUGAACUAAUGAAACAGGAAGGUGUUUACUUCAAACUCGUUACCAUGCAGACAACAGGAAAUCAGAUUGAAUCAGAGGGUGAUUCAGAUGAACUGAAAAAUGAAAUAAAUACCUCAGAACCAGUUCCAAAAGGUUUUGAAUCCAGGAGCCUAAGAAGACGAUCAAGGUGCUCAAGUGUCAAGAAGACACAGACAUUAGAGAAGAAAACCACUGAAGAGGAGAAGAAGCUUGAUGAAAAUGUGCCUCAAGUUUCUUUUCUCAGGAUUCUGAAGAUGAAUAAGACAGAAUGGCCUUAUUUUGUGGUUGGCACUUUUUGUGCCAUUAUCAAUGGAGGUCUUCAGCCAGCAUUUUCUGUAAUAUUUUCCAGGAUUAUUGGGAUCUUCACAGCAUUUCAUGAACCUGAAAAAAGAAAGCGUGAUAGUGAGAUGUUUUCCUUAUUGUUUUUAAUACUUGGAGUUAUUUCUUUCAUUACCUUUUUUCUUCAAGGCUUCACAUUUGGCAAAGCUGGAGAGAUUCUUACAAAGAGACUCAGAUAUAAAGCCUUUAAAUCAAUGUUGAGACAGGAUGUAAGCUGGUUUGAUGACCCUAAAAACAGCACUGGUGCUCUAACUACAAGACUUGCUACUGAUGCCUCCCAAGUUAAGGGGGCUACUGGUACUAGACUGGGUCUUAUUGCACAAAAUAUAGCCAACCUUGGGACUGGAAUUAUCAUCUCAUUGAUCUAUGGCUGGCAGCUAACGCUUUUGCUCUUAGCAAUUGUACCUAUACUUGCAAUAGCAGGUCUUGUUGAAAUGAAAAUGUUGGCUGGACAUGCCCAGAAAGACAAGAAAGAAUUGGAGGGUGCCGGAAAGAUAGCUACUGAAGCAAUAGAAAACUUCCGAACUGUUGUUUCUCUAACUAAGGAGAGAAAGUUUGAGCAUAUGUAUCAACAGAGUUUGCUGGGACCAUACAGAAAUUCUGUGAAGAAAGCACAUAUCUUUGGCAUUUUGUUUUCUUUCACCCAUGCAAUGAUGUAUUUUUCCUAUGCUGCUUGUUUCCAGUUUGGUGCUUAUUUGGUGAUAAAUGUGAAUAUGAAUUUUCAAGAUGUGCUCUUGGUGUUUUCAGCUAUUGUAUUUGGUGCUAUGGCUGUGGGGCAGACAAGUUCACUUGCACCAGAUUAUGCCAAAGCCAAAAUAUCAGCAUCCCAUAUCAUCAAGCUCCUAGAACAAAAACCUGUGAUAGACAGCUACAGUGAGGAGGGACAAAAGCCGAAAAAAUUCGAAGGGAAUGUGUCAUUUAAUGAAGUGGUGUUCAACUACCCUACCCGACCUGACAUUCCUGUGCUUCAAGGCCUGACUCUGGAGGUGAAAAAGGGUCAGACCCUGGCUCUUGUGGGCAGCAGUGGUUGUGGGAAGAGUACUGUGGUACAGCUACUUGAGAGAUUCUAUGAUCCUCUGGUUGGAGAAGUGAAAGUUGAUGACCAAAAUGUCAAGAUGCUCAACGUCCAGUGGCUCCGGGCUCAGCUUGGCAUUGUGUCCCAGGAGCCCAUCUUGUUCGACUGCAGCAUUGCAGAGAACAUCGCCUAUGGAAACAACAGUCGGGAAGUAUCAGAGGAAGAAAUUGUGAAUGCAGCCAAAGCCGCCAAUAUCCAUCCUUUCAUUGAAACACUACCCAAAAAAUAUGAAACUAAGGUAGGAGACAAAGGGACUCAGCUCUCAGGAGGUCAGAAACAACGUAUUGCUAUUGCUCGAGCCCUCAUCAGAAAUCCUCAGAUCCUGCUAUUGGAUGAAGCAACUUCAGCCCUGGAUACAGAAAGUGAAAAGGUUGUCCAGGAAGCCCUGGACAAGGCCAGAGAAGGCCGUACGUGUAUUGUGAUCGCUCACCGCCUCUCCACCAUCCAGAAUGCCGACCUUAUCGUGGUUUUCCAGAAUGGCAAGGUCAAAGAACAGGGAACACACCAACAGCUGCUGGCUCAGAAAGGCAUCUAUUUUUCAAUGGUCAACGUUCAAAGUGGGGCAAAGCGCAUGUGAACUCCUCUCACUCUAUACAUUUUAUAAGUUAAAUAUUUCCUCUAAUUGUGUUUAAAAAGGGAAUCAUAGCCAUCAACUUCUGCCAGAAACCAAGUCCUUUAGGUUGUUUCAUUUUUUUUUUAAAUUAACUUCUGCUAUGACUAGAUCUCUACCCAUAGAAUUCAAUGUCUCCAGAAGAGGAGCAACAUUUAUGGAAGAUAUACCAAUAUCCCAUACAUUUUGAAACUUAAUAUUGUUCAAACCUAUGUUGACUAUACCACUUCCCCCCUCAAAAUGCUAGAGAUUUCUAUUAUGAGGUAGUUGGUUCAAAAUAAGAGAACACUAUUCUGUCUUUUUCUUUUACUGGGUCCUACAGAAUUGUACAACUUUGUUUACUCUUCUACUUAACUCUGCUCUUUUGUUACUUUUCAACUUUUAUUAUUAUGGCCAAAUUAAGUGAUAAUAAGAAAUCAAAGCAAGAUUCAUUCAUUAGUUUGGGGCCAGGAUAGAAAUGUACAAAUCAUGGGAUUGAAUCUUCCUUUGGUAUGUUGUUAAUAUUUUGUAUUGCUGCUGCAAAGAAUUGUUAAAGAAUUCUAUUAUUUUUACACUUUGAAAAAAUACAAAA